AUGGAUAAACACUAUUUUCUCCUUCUUCUUCUUCUCUUCCUGGUAUAUUUUUUCUCUUUGCUGGACUCUCAUCUAAUUUCUGCUACAAGAUCAGAAAACAAAGAUGGAUCUGAACGCUGGGGCUAUGUUGAAGUUCGACCUAAGGCCCACUUAUUUUGGUGGCACUAUAUAAGUCCUCACAGUAACAAAGUGAAUGAUCCUUCCAAAUCAUGGCCAAUAAUUUUAUGGCUUGAAGGAGGACCUGGUGGUUCGGGAGUUGCGUACGGAAAUUUCUUAAAUAUAGGGCCAUUGGAUGCUGAUUCGAAUACUCGUUAUUUUACAUGGCUUCACAAAGCAGACCUCUUAUUUGUGGAUAGUCCAGUUGGAACAGGGUUUAGUUACGUUGAGGAUGAGGACUUGCUGGUUAACAGUGAUGAACUAGCGGCAACUGACUUAAUUACAAUGUUAAAACAUGUUUUCAAUGAAAAAAAAUUCCACAAGAGAUCUCUCUACAUAUUCGGAGAGUCAUAUGGAGGAAAAUUUGCAGUUGCUCUUGGUUUAGCAGCUCUUGAAGCUGUUAAAGCUAACGAAUUGAAACUUCAACUUGGAGGUGUGGUUUUGGGAAGUAGCUGGAUUUCUCCUCAAGAUUUUGUAUUUUCAUGGGGUAACCUCCUAAAAGACAUGUCUCGGAUCGAUGACAAUGGUUUAAAGAUAUCAAACAGGUUGGCUCUAAAAGUAAAACAACAGCUUGAGGAAGGCCAGUAUACAGAUGCAAUGUCAACAUGGUCUGAGAUGCAGACUGUCAUUGGUCAACAUAGCACUUAUGUGAAUUUCCACAACUUUUUGUUGGAUCAUGGUGCUGAAAUGAUGACCGUUGACUUUAAUGAAUUCAUGAAUGGUCCUAUUCGGGAUAAGUUAAAAAUUAUUCCUGCUACUGUGGUUUGGGGAAGACAAGGUCAACUGGUCUUUAAUGGCUUCGCCGAUGAAUUCAUGAAGCCUAGAAUUGCAGAGGUUGAUGAGCUCCUAUCUAAAGGUGUAAAUGUCGUCGUGUACAAUGGGCAGCUUGAUCUCAUUUGUUCAACCAAAGGAGUAGAAGCAUGGGUUGAAAAACUUAGGUGGGAUGGCUUACAAUCUUAUUUGAGUUUAGGCCGUGUACCUCUAUAUUGUGGAGAUGAUACCGCAAUUAAAGGGUUUCGAAGAUCAUACCAGAAUUUUACUUUUUAUUGGAUUCUAAAUGCUGGCCACUUUGUUCCAGCCAACCAACCAUGUAUUUCUUUACUGAUGGUGGGGCAAAUUACAAAAUCACCUAGUGUUUACUAG